AUGUCGCCUGCCACCUCUCGUCGCGCCGCCGCCGUCGCGCCAUCCGCGAGACAAAAGACCCUGCUGGCUUCGACGACUGGAUCGGCUGAAGCGGUGUGGGAUACAACGGGUGCAAUUUCACAAUUCUACGCCGCUGGGCCGACAACCCGCUACAACGCGCGCCCGAACGACCUCGCAAUCCGAUUGUCUGGUCUACUUUCAGGCGCAUCCGUGCCCUCAUCAGAACUAUGGAACCCUUCAGCUCGGGCCUAUGGUUCCCCGCCGCCCUCUUACGACGAGUCUAUCGCAGAUGCACCUCCAGACUACACCUCUACCGAUGCGCUCGCGGCUGCGCAAACACCCAAACAUUCUCCGUUUUCCUUCCUCGACGCCUCGCGGCGCGUCACCGCUCCCAAACGCCUGCGCAUAAAUAACAAGGGCUCACCUACUUCUUCCGUCUUCCGAUUGGAUGCGAAAGCGUCAUACGUGGACAUUGACUUUGGCUACUGUGAAUCUGGCAUCAAAUCACACGCAAAGAAGACAAAAAAGACCGCAGCAAAGAAACCGGCAGCUGCUGCAGCUCCGGCAGAUGACGGGAAGAAGGAUGAAGUUACCGGCGGUGGCGACAACGGCGGUGACCCUCCCGCUGACGGUGGGGCUGCCGGUGGAGACGGUGGAGACGGAGACAAGGGCAAGAAGAAGUCGAAAAAGGAGAGAGAGGAAGAGGAGAGGUUGAAGAGAGAAGAGGAAGAGCGCCUCAAGAAAGAAGAAGAGGAGCGCCUGGCAAGGGAGGAAGAGGAGCGUCUGGCAAAGGAGGAAGAAGAGCGCCUUGCCAAGGAGGCCGAAGAAGAGGCCGAGCGCAAGAAGAAGGAAGAGGAAGAAGCUGCCGCUGCUGCAGCAGCAGUGGUUGCCGCCUCAGCAACUACACUUUCGAUAACCAAAGCAACGGCUGAUUUAAGUUGGGCGAAUCCGAGCACAGAUGAAUGGGCCUCGUUCGGCGCGGGCGCUCCCGGCAAGAAGAAGAAGGGCAAAAAGGGGAAGGUUGCCGACGCUGCGCCCCCGCCUCCUCCUGAUCCCCCAGCAGGACCACCAACAACAUUCGACGACAUCAACCUCGACGAAGGAAGCGCACCCAAAAUUGACAUGAAUAACAGUGAUACAAGCGCAACGAAGUCUGGUUUUAAUCUCCCUGGUCUUAGCAGCUGGACCUCUGGCUGGGGCUCAUCAAACAAAUCAAACAGAUCAUCCGGUUGGGGCGGAUUAAUCGACAGUGCAAAGAAUUCUCAUACAGAGGCUGACAGCUCGUGGGACUCCUUGGAUAAGAAAAAAAAGAACGACUCUAACGGAUUCGACUUUGACUUUGACGCUCACAAGGCUCCCGCCGCUGCGGAGGAGAAGCCCGCCGAGGAUGAUGGCUGGGGGAGCUUAGGCGCGACCAAAUCAAAGAAGACCAAGAAGGGAAUCUUGAUAGACGAUAGCGUGCCUGAGGAGCCAGCUCCAGAACCUCCCAAGAAAGAGGAAGACGAUGCCUGGGGGUCUUUUUCCUUUGGUAAUGCCAAAGACAAGAAGAAGAAGAAAAAGGGUGUAGUGGAAGAGGAGCCUCUACCCGAACCUGAACCUGAGCCUGUCGUCGAACCUGAGCCUGAGCCGGUCAAGGAGGAGGACCCAUGGGGCAGCUGGGAUGGAGCUGCCGCUGGCGUUAAGAAGAAGAAGAAAGGUAAGAAAGGAGCAGAGGAACUACCGCCACCUCCUCCUCCUCCUCCUCCUCCUCCCCCAGAACCAGAGCCAGAACCGGAGCCUGCUGAGCCGGAGCCGGAGCCAGAGCCUCCGCAACCAGAGGCACCACCUGUUGAUCCAUUUGCUGGCCUCAGCAAGUCCCAGGCGAAGAAGCUCAAGAUCAAGCUGGAUAAAGAGGCUAAAGAGGCAAAGUUGCGGGAAGAGGAAGAGGCUAAACGGCUAAAGGAAGAGGAAGAGGCGGCCGAGCUCCAGCGUCAGCAGGAAGAGGAAGAGGCAGAGGCAGAACAGAGGCGCAUAGAAGAGGAAGAGGCUGAGGCUCAGAGGAUCGCAGAAGAAGAGGCUGCUGCUGCCGCUGCCGCCGCCGAAGCUGAGAAAAGCAAGAAGAAGGAAGACGACAUCUGGGGCGACUGGGGUGCUGCGGCGCCGACGACCAAGAAGAAGAAGGGCAAGAAAGGUGCAAAGGAAGAGCUUCCGCCUCCACCUCCCCCACCUCCUCCUGAGCCUGAAGUCUUGGAGCCGGAACCUGUCGAGGAGAAGCCCGCUGACCCUUGGGAUGACUGGGGUUCAGCAGCGCCUGUCAAAAAGACAAAGAAAGGCAAAAAGGGUGCUGCUGUCAUUAUUGAAGAGCCACCUCCAGCCGAGCCUGAACCCAUUCCAGAGCCCGAGCCCGAGCCCGAGCCGAUCCAAGAAGAGGCAACCGGUGACUGGGCCCUAAGCUCGAUAUGGGGCGGAUCAAAGAAAAAGAAGAAGAGCAAAGCGGUAGAGCUGCAAUCCUUUUCGCCACCAGAGCCGGAACCAGAGCCAGAGCCAGUUGAAGAAGCGCCGCCCGUUCAGGAGCCCGAAGAUGUCGAGGAGCCCGAAGACAACGCCGACGACUGGGGCGCGCCAUCCUGGAGCAAGAGGAAGAAGAAGGACCCCAGGAAGGAUGUCCCGAUUGAGGUACUGGAGGACACUACAACACCUGUCCAAAAGCCUGAUGAAGAGGAUCCUUGGGGAAGCGCCGCGUUCAACAUUGGCAAAAAGGGCAAGAAAGGCAAGAAGGGUCUUGUGCCGCCAAAUGUACCAACGCCUCCAGGAGAGUUUGAUCUUCCACCGCCCAAAGAGAUUGAAGCACCUCCGCCCGCAGAAGAUGAGGACAUUUGGGGCGCCGGCACUACUUCUUUGAAGAAAAAGAAGAAGAGGAGCGAGGCUGUAGAAAGCGCGCCCGCUGAUGCCUUUGAAGGUCUCAUCUCGCUCGAUGACCCACCACCACCUCCUCCUCCCGAGGAACCCCUGGUAGUGGAAGAGGUGCUCGUCGAAGAGAAGCCUGUGGAAGAGAAGAAGAAGAGCAGCAAGAAGGACAAGGAAAGCAAGUCGGGCAGCAUCUGGGGCUCUCUAAGUAGCUCUAAACCGCCCAAGAAGGAGACUUCGACUGAGAAACGAGCUCGCGAGAAGCGCGAAAAGAAAGAGCGAGAGGAGCAAGAGCGACUAGAGAGGGAGGCCGCUGAGCGAGAAGAGGAAGAGCGACUUGCGCGUGAAGCUGAGGAAGAGGCUGAGGCUGAGAGAGCUCGUAUUGAAGCCGAGGAGGCAGAGGCGGCUCGAAUUGCAGCAGAAGAGGCAGAGGCAGCACGCAUCGCGGCCGAGGAGGAAGAGGAGAGAAGGAUCAAGGAAGAGGAAUCUGCAGCAUCCAAGCUUGCUGGAUGGGGCGCCAGUAUCUGGGGGGGUUCCUCGAAAAAGAAGGAGUCUACGCGAGAGAGAAGGGCCCGGGAAAGGAGAGAGGAAGAAGAGCGUCUGGCAAAAGAGGCUGCUGAGCAAGCGGAAAGGGAACGUCUCGAACGCGAAGAAGAGGAACGCCUAGAGCAGGAACGCCUGGAACGCGAAGAGCAAGAGCGUUUGGAGCAGGAGCGCCGCGAGGCGGAAGAGGCUGCGCGUUUGGCUGCGAUAGAGGAAAUGGAGCGCCUAGAACGCGAAGCUAAUGAGGCUGCCGAUUUCGCCGACAGGGCUCAAGCAGACUUCGAAGAAGCUGCAAACAACGCUGUUCCCGAAGCCGAGCAAUCCUCUGGAUGGGGCUUUUCGGGUUUGCUCAAAAAGAAGGAGACUAUUAAACAGAAGCGCGAGCGCGAGGCUAAGGAGAGAGCAGCAAUUGAAGAGCGGGACAGACUCGAAGUUGUGUCGAGAGAAGCUAUUCAAGCUGCUCGCACAGCCAGGCGACUGGCUGAUGAAGCCAGGGAGCGGUUCGAGGAAUCUGAAGCCACUCGUCUUGCUGCUGAAGCUGCGCGUCUUGCUGCCGAGGGAGAAGCUGUUCCUGAGCCUGAAGCUGAGGCUGAACCUGAACCAGAAGCUGAACCUGAACCAGAAGCUGAACCAGAGCCUGAACCUGAACCUGAGGUUGAACCUGAGCCUGAACCUGAGCCGGAGGUCGAACCUGAACCUGAACCUGAACCUGAACCUGAGCCCGAGCCCGAAGCUGAGCCUGAGCCUGUGCCUGAGCCUGAACCCGAGCCCGAGCCUGUUGUCGUGGUUCGCGAGAAGAAGAAGAAAAAGAAGAGAGGCAUCGUGGUCGAAGAAGCUCCUCCUCCACCGCCUCCGCCGCCUCCUCCACCUCCUGAAGAACCCACAAACGACGAUGAAUUGUUCGAUCUUGUCAGCGAGGAAGAUGCGAACGAGCUUUUGGUUGAGCUUGAGAAACCUACCAGGAAGGAAGAGAAGGCGGCGGCAGCGGCGAUUGCAGGCGGCUGGGGUAGUGCUUGGGGCAUUUCUCUCCGAAAGACCAAGAUCGAUCCUCAGAAGGUGGACAUGCCUGUACCACGUGCUUCAAUCUAUGUACCUGAACCGGAACCUGAGGUUGAGCCUGAACCUGAACCGGAGCCCGGGCCCGAAGCAGAACCUGAACCAGAGCCCGAGCCCGAGCCAGAACCUGAAGUUGAGCCAGAACCUGAACCUGAACCGGAGCCUGUCAUCGAGGAGCCACCUCCAAAGAAGCUGUCAAAAGAAGAGCGAAGGUUGCUCAAAAAGUCCAAAAAGAGUCGACAUGCUGAGCCAGCGCCGGAACCGGUGCCAGAGCCUGAGCCUGUAAAGCCUGAGCCUGAGCCUGAACCGGAACCUGAACCUGAACCUGAACCUGAACCUCCAGUGGUCGAGGUUAUCGAGGUGCCUCCUAAGAAACUAUCCAAAGAGGAGAGAAGGCUUCUUAAGAAAUCUAAAAAGAGUCGACAUGUUGAGCCGGAGCCUGAGCCGAUCCCAGAGCCAGUGCUUGUAGAGCCUGAACCUGAGCUUGAACCCGAGCCUGAACCAGAAGCUGAACCCGAGCCUGAGCCAAGCCCGCCUGCCAUAGGCGCAUUUCCUGAUGACGAUGACUUCAUGGACUUUGUCGAUGCGCCUCCACCGCCUGAGGUAGUUGAACCUGAGCCCGAGCCAGAACCGGAACCGGAACCUGAGCCUGAACCCGCUCCUGCGCCUGUUCCGAGCAUUCUUCAAGAGCUCAAGAAGCUCAAAAAGUCCAAGAAGGGCGGCAAAUCGAGAGGGCUGUCUUUCGUUGACCUUCCUCCACCGCCCCCGCCAGUGCCGGAAGAGCCUGAGCCUGAACCUGAACCUGAGCCUGAACCUGAACCUGAGCCUGAACCUGAACCAGAGGUUGAACCAGAGCCCGAGCCCGAGCCUGAGCCCGAGCCUGAAGUCGAGCCGGAACCAGAGCCGGAACCGGAACCAGAGCCUGAGCCCGAGCCUGAGCCAGAACCUGUCAUAGUGGUUCGUGAGAAAAAGUCCAAAAAGUCCAAGAAGAGCAGCAAGACAAAGGCAGCGCCUCCACCUCCACCUCCAGAGCCUGAGCCUGAGCCUGAGCCUGAGCCCGAACCUGAAGCAGAGCCCGAGCCAGAGUUGAUCAUUGAAGAGCCGCCCGAGGAGGUAGAGGCACUGGAUGAUGAAGACGCCGCUCCACCAGAGGAAGACGAUGCUCCGCCAGAAGAUGAUGAUGUGCCAGCCAAACUUCCCACUCCACCCCCAGAACCUGUGCCAGAGCCCAAGCCAAUUUCUCCAAAGAAGGAGCGCAACAGAGUUCGCAGUGGAACUACGUCUGGAGGAUGGGGUGGCAUGUUCGGUGCCUCCAAGCCCAAAAAGCGCACAACAUCCGGUGGUGAGGAUGGCAUUGUCAAGCCUGAUGCGACACGCACAAAGUCGCAUCGACGAACAUCUGAAGCCAAGGAAGUUGAUAUGAAGUCACGGUCAUCAGGGUCUGACAAGGCGAACGCAGCAAGGCCAACAGUGUCACGUUCCAAGACUGCCCGCGCUUCUACAGGGUUUGGUGGCAUGUUUGGCGUUGCUCCGCCCCCACCAACACGCUCCAAGUCACAUCGCAUUUCAGGAACGAAGGAAUCUUCACGCCGACAUGCUGCGGAUCAAGACGCCGCCAUGAUGUCGCCGCCACAGACUGACACUGAUGCAAAAGUGUCCUCCAAGGCGGCAAGGGUCAUGGGCGAGAAGAUUUCGUCACGCAGGACUAGUACGAGGGACAACAGAGACAAGGGUAGGACUCGAGACCCGUAUCCAAUGGACGAUGACCAUGACCUCGAUGACGAAUCCCCUCCCCCUGCUCCUCGUCCAGAGCAUUCGCGUCGCAAAUCCAAACGAGAUUCCGCACAACCCCUCGAACCAUUGACUGCACCGCCUAGCGCAGACGAUCCUAUUGUUGUGGACGCCAUGGAGGACCUUGCCCCGAUUGAGCCUGAGCGACCCCGCCGUGAGCGCGAGCGGGACCGGGAGCGACCUCGUCGCGCGCGCGGCAACUCUGAUGCCAUAGGCACACUUGCCGGCGUCGCAGGUACUGCUGCUGCUGUAAAGGGCUUCAAAGGUAUGUUUGGGCUUGGUCGCAAGAAGGCAGCCGCACCUGAAGAGCCACCCCGCGAACGCGAACGCCGUCGCACCGCCUACGAGACCGAAGACGAGCGCAAGCGCCGCAAGCGAUCUACCACACGCGGUGGAGUUACCGACGAUGAAGCCAAGCGACUGCGACACGAGCGCCGCAGUUUGCGCACUCCGCGCGGUCAUGAUGAAGAAGUCAUGAUGUCUGGUGCCAACGGCGGGGCCAGUGGUAGCGCCGACUACGAUGCCGAGCGGGAAGCGCGACGUGCCGAGCGUAGGGCGAAACGUGACGCCGAGAAAGAGGCUCGUCGUGCGGAAAUGGAAGAAGCAGAGGCUAAGGCUGAACGGCGCCGGGAGCGCGAGCGUGAGAAUGAGCGCGCGGCUCUGGCUGAGAAGAAGGCUCGCCAAAUGGCCGAGUUGGAACGUCGCAACAAAGAGGCUGAAGAGCAACUGCGUCGCAUGGCAGAAAAGGAAGAACGGCGAAAGGCACGAGGCGAGCGCAAGCCGACCGAUGAGCGGGAUCGCGAGAAGCGUUCAUCGCGUCGCAAAGAAAAGGGCCGCGAAGAAGGUCGCCCCAAGACUGAACGCCGCCGAACAUACAUGGACGAAGACGAAGACCGCCGCCGUCGUCAUGAAGAACGCCGUGCUGCUCGACGCAACUCUGAAUACCCCGUCCAGGCCAGCGGCGAGCCCAUCACCGACUACUUUGACGAGCGCAACGGCAGCGGCCACAGGUCCAAGCGCCGCAGCUCGCGUCAAGCGCGGGAAGAAGAAAACAUGCCGUACCUCAACAACAAGAGCGGCGACAAGACAUCAUCAUGGGUGGAAUCGUUCUCCAACGAGCCGCCCCUGCCUCCCCCGAUUUCCGAGACGGUACUCGACCCGGCGCCCGGCGCCGACGGCCACAUUGACGAAGAAGAAGAAACGC